AUGACACUUGGACAAGCUGAUGGUGAUCACACAAGAUGGAGCUAUGGGCCCAGGCUUGCCAGGCUGUGUGUAUUGUCAUUCACAUCCUUUCCAGCUGUCUCCGGUAGGAAUUUGCAAAAUGGCAGUUCAGUACUUGUACCAACCCAAAAUCUCGAGCUCGGUGUUCCUGGUGUCGUCACUCUGGGACCCCAGGGCUCCUCUAACGGCUCAGGGCCCACUAUGACGGAGGCGUUGUCUACACAUCUCCCUCGACCUAAAUCCAUGGAAAGCUGGCUGAAAUCAUGUGGCGCGGUGGGCUUGGACGACCUGGAGCUUGCCGAUUUCCCGGUCACCGGGCGCGGUGUCAAAACACUGCGGCGUUUCAAGAAAGGAGAGAGGAUUCUCACCAUUCCAUCUGGCAUUCUCUGGACGGUCGAACACGCAUACGCUGAUCCCCUUGUUGGGCCAGUUCUGCGCUCAGCGCGGCCGCCCUUGUCCGUCGAGGACACCUUAGCUACCUACAUUCUCUUUAUCCGUUCUCGCGAGUCGGGUUACGAUGGCCUGCGAAGCCAUGUGGCGGCCUUUCCUACGAGCUAUCCCUCAAGCAUCUUCUUUGCGGAGGAAGAGUUGGAAGUUUGCGCUGGUACUUCACUGUACACCAUCACGAAGAAGCUGGAUCGAUCCAUCGAGGACGAUUACAGGACAUUAGUCGUGCGAGUGCUUGCACAAUCUCGAGAUCUUUUCCCACUCGAUAAGUUCAGUAUCGAAGACUACAAGUGGGCGCUGUGCACCGUAUGGAGUCGUGCGAUGGACUUCGUACUGCCCGAUGGGAAUUCGAUUCGACUUGUGGCGCCCUUUGCGGAUAUGUUGAACCACUCGUCUGAGGUUGAACCAUGUCACAUCUACGAUGCGUCGUCUGGAAAUCUCUCUGUCCUUGCGGGAAAAGACUACGAAGCUGGUGAUCAGGCUUUUAUCUAUUAUGGAUCCAUUCCGAAUAGUCGGCUUUUACGUCUGUAUGGCUUUGUCAUGCCCGGUAAUCCCAACGACAGCUAUGACCUCGUUAUUUCAACGCACCCAAGUGCACCAUUUUUCGAGCGAAAGCAGAAGCUCUGGGCAUCGGCGGGACUCGAUUCGGCCUGUACCAUCUCCCUCACUCUCACCGAUCCGCUACCGAAGAAUGUCCUUCGGUACCUCCGGAUUCAGCGAUUGGAUGAAUCGGAUUUCGCUGCCAUAGCGCAUCGGCAACUCGCUGCUGCAGAUGAGAAAAUCAACGAUUCGAACGAAGUGGAAGUCCUGCGGUUCUUGGUAGAAUCGUUCUGUCAGCUCCUGGACGGUUUCGGAACGCAGCUGGAAAAGCUGGAAGCGCAACUCGCGGAGGGUGUCUAUCCUUCGGGAGGGAACGCAUGGGCUGCGGCGCACGUCAAUUUGGGCGAACAGCGGGUGUUGAGGCUGGCGAGAAAGAGAGCCGAGGAUUUGCUAUCGGCGGUGGAGAGCGGGAGCGGCGAUGUCAGGGGCUCGCUGCCGGUAAUGGCGCGAUGCGUAAAUUGUGAAGCGGUCUCUGCCCAGUUGAUGUUGUGCGGAAGGUGCAAGGGCCAUUCCGUACUGCGGGCGGGCGUGCCAGGUCACUCACUUCACAAAGCACAAGGCAAUAUGUCGAGCUAUCGCUUCCAAGAGUGGCUCUUGAGAUGA